AUGGCACGCAUAGUAGCCGCUUGUCUACUGCUACUCAGUGGUGCAUUCGCACAGACAGCGGGCGUUCAAAACGAUGGCCAACCGACUGCAGCCUCGGCCACCGCUGGUGUAAUUUGCGAAUAUAUUGACGGCCAGCCUCAAGCCGGCUGCACUUCAUCCACCACUAUGACCACACCUCUAUCCAUAUCCGCAACUACAUCUACCGUCUCGGCAGUAUGUGAGUACAUCGACGGGCAGCCUCAAGCCGGCUGCUCAACGGUGAUCUCAGCGACAUCUACAGUUUCGCCAGCCUGCCGAACCUCAUCAGCUAACGUCAUCGUUCCAUCUCCUACCACGCCGUUGGUUGUGUCAACCAUUCCCAUGCCUUCGGGAUCUACUACAUCGAUCACGCCCUUUGCAUCGACCACGCCCUUUGCAUCGACCACGCCCAUUGCGGUGACCACUCCCAUUGCAUCGACCACACCUAUUGCGUUAACCACGCCUGCUACACCGAUCACACCCACCACAUCGAUCUCGCCCACCACACCGACUACGCUAUCCGUCUCAUCCUCGGCUUCGAUGCCGGCCGUCUCAACACCUGUCGUUCCAUCAACAACUGCUACGCCUUCGCCGAUCACGACUCCAUCGACAAGCGUUGGCCCGGUCUUGCCCACUUCAUCCGCAGCGUAUACUGCACCAGCAGUGCUAAUCUCAAGCACAUCAUAUCUGCUCAGUUCCGUGCCGUACAGCGCUCCCUCCAUUUUCUCAUCAAGCAUAGCGCUCUCCCUCUCAAGUCUCGCGGUUACGGGCACGAGCCACACUGAGACAGUACCUGUCCCAGUUGUCACGCAGAGUGGCCCGAUUACGCUCUCAUCAAUGACGGUCACAGCAGCUGGCACAACUACAAUGAUUCCUGUCCCGGUGGCAGUGUCCUCGCAAUCAACAGCGAGCGUCGCUGCGUCGGAAUCCGCGUCGUCCUCAGGCGCAGCGAUUUCGGUGUCGGUGUCGUCUGGGUCUUCCAGCUUCGCCACCUCGACCAUCUUGACAACUUCUGCUCCUACCGCGCAAAACUCAGGCACACCUCUGCGGAACGAUGCUGUCAUGGACCGGGGGCCGCGGUCACAUAUAGCUGCGGAAAAGCAGCAAAUUGUCAUUGGCUGGUGUGAGGGUCUGCCUGAUCAGGAUGUUGCUCAGGGAGGGUGGUACGGGCAUGCACCAUCCUUGCUCGAGCAAGCGCUUUCGGGUCGAGCAGCUUACUCCAAAGCACAAAACCCCUUGUCGGACGUUCGGUGGAACAAGAAGGAGGAAACGAGAAAGGGGAAGAGGUCAAUGCAACCCUCUGCGCGCUUGUAUGGCUGCGUUAAAGUUACCAUCUCGCCUAAGCAGAUUCACAUAAUCCAACAGUCGACCAUGGUUCCACCUCAGCAAACCACCUUCACAGCACUCGUCACAGGUGCGAACAGCGGGCUAGGCUUUGCCAUCUGCUGCCGCAUGAUCGAUGAAUUCCUCCUCAUCCGCCCAUAUUCUCAGACCCUUCACAUCCUAUACAGCACGAGAGACGAACGCAAAGGCCAAGACACGAAUCGCCGGCUGCAGGCACAUGUGCAGAAAACGAUACGCAAUGCCAAUGUUAAGACGGCCGGGGUCGGUCAGCUGUUGGAAGGGCGGGUGAAGGUGGAAGGGGUAACGGUGGACCUUUCCAUCCUCCAGACCGUGAAGGCGCUGGCUGAAGAGCUCUUAGGAAGAGGGCAGACGCUGGACGUAGUGGUGUGGAAUGCAGGCGUGGCAGGAUGGUCAGGCCUCAAUUACCCGAAGGCGAUAUGGGGCUUCCUCACUGCACCUUUACAGACUACGACGUACCCGGAGUUCAUGAUCAGCGAUGUUGGGCAACUGGCGAAACGACAGAACCUGGGAACGCUGCAAGGCAACGGGAGGCCGGCGUCGGAAAAGGCAGCCACAGCAACAUACAGUGAAGAAGAGCCAAAGCUUGGGAAGGUCUUCCUGUCCAACGUCUUCGGCCACUACAUGCUGACGCACUAUCUGACUCCGCUCUUCACUCCGCAAACGAGGAUAGUCUGGAUCUCAUCCAUCUCCGCCGUUUCAGACACCUUCAACAUCGACGACAUCCAAGGCCUGAAAGCAACCAUGUCAUACGAAAGCUCCAAGCGCCUCACCGACCUCCUAGUCCUCAACUCCGAGCUCGCCUCCUCGAAACCUUACGUCUCCAAAUUCUUGUCCGCAACGCCAAAGCCGCAAGAACACCCCCACCAAGACCAACUUGCCAAACCCGAAGCGGAACAAGCACGCCCCAAAAUGUACGUCGUCCACCCCGGCGUCAUCUUCACCAACAUCCAAAACCUCUACUGGAUCCUCGACUUCCUCGUCCUAGCAUCCUUCUAUAUGGCACGCUGGCUCGGCUCGCCCUGGCACCCAGCCGACCCCUACAAAGGCGCCAUCUCCGCCGUCUUCACCGCGCUGGCGCCGUCGGAGCAACUAGACGACUUCGAGGUGCGCGAUGGGAAAGGGAAGUGGGGUUGUGCCACCGAUAUUCGUGGGAACGAGUGGGUUGCGCGGACGGAGGUGGAGGGGUGGGGUUUUUGUGGGGUGGUGGGGAAGGUGCCGAGGGGGAGUUUGAGUGGCAAGACGGGGCGGUAUGCGAGGAGAGUAGAGACCACGGGGGAGGGGAGGGAGCGGUUUGAGGUGGAGGGGAGGGAAUGUUGGAGGCAGAUGGAGGAGCUCAAGGGGGAGUGGGAGGAGAGGCUUGGGCCGGUGCAGGGUUGA